AUGGCCACGGCCGGCGAGAUUUUAAGGCGAAGCUUGACGGAGGAAAUUGGAUUUUCUAAAGAGUCUGUUUCUGGUUCAGAGGAGUUGCAUGUUCUCGCAGUAGAUGAUAGUUUUGUUGACAGGAAGGUUAUAGAGAGGUUGCUUAAGAUAUCAUCUUGCAGAGUGACUGUUGUAGAGAGUGGGACGAGAGCUUUGCAGUAUCUUGGAUUGGAUGGAGAGAAGAGCUCUGUUGGUUUCAAUGAUUUGAAAAUCAAUCUCAUAAUGACGGAUUACUCCAUGCCGGGGAUGACAGGAUAUGAGCUACUUAAAAAGAUUAAGGAAUCAUCAACUUUCAGAGAGAUACCUGUAGUGAUCAUGUCGUCUGAGAACAUCUUAACUCGUAUUGAUAGGUGCUUGGAAGAAGGGGCAGAAGAAUACAUACUUAAGCCAGUGAAAUUGUCAGAUGUGAAACGAAUUAAAGAUGUUAUAAUGGGAGGGGAAGUAGAGGAAAAGAACAGAGGUGUUAGGAAGAGAGGAAGGGAAGAUAGUAUCUACUCAUUAUUAUCACCAUCGCUUGUACAAUCAUCCUCAUCCCCUGCUUUUGAUUUUUUGACGUCCGAACUUCAGUCUUCAAAAAGGCCUAAAUUGCAAACCAGAGACUAA